UAUAGAAACGAGACAAACCGAACUAAACCAUACCGGACGAACUCCGAAACGACCAAUGCCAACAUCAACUGCACAACUGCGCCAACAAAAUUAUUGACUACGGCCAAAACGGCAACGUUGUUGUGGGGCUUGCGUACAGAGUGCUUUAAUUUACUACUAGCAUAGGGAACUCAAUUCGACGGCAAGUAGAGCCGAACAGAGCAGCGUAGAAUAGCAGACGCAGACACAACGCAACAUCGUGUCUCCCUCUGUAUCUGUGUUUGUGUGUGUAUAUUAUAUGAACUCUCGUAGUAUCUUAAUAUCUUGCUCGCUUUCGAGCAGAGUGGGCAGACACCGACCGAUCGACCGCGUAAGCGACCAAACAAGUAGCCGACAGACAACCAACUCAAGCAGCAGCGGCAAUAGCAACAGCAAAGGCAACGGCAACGGCAACAACAACUAUAACGACUACAUGAAAAAAAGAGUUUUUCAUAUGAGCGCGCUCGCUGAGGGGUUUAUUUAUUCAACGACCGAUCCCGUGUGCGGACAUUAUUUUCCGAAACGUUCGCAAAGGAGCACACGACGAACAAAACGCGAUACAAUAUCAAAAGAAACAAAUCGAUUCGAUUGUGGUCCGUGCAUACGUUAUUAAGUCGAAAAGUUAUGCGCUGCAUUAUUUUGCAUGAAAGUCAAAUAUCUUGGCGCAGGUUUUUCAAAUGUUUCGCGAGCAACGCGGAUUUUUUGCAUGCGGAUAAAUAAAAGUGAAGUGUAAAUUGUUAUCAGAUAGCCGUGAGACGAAUAUGGAUAUUUUUGAAUAAUGAACGCGUAACUACAUAAGUUAUCAGUCGAGGGUUUGAGUAAAAAAACACUUAGACGAGCGCAAAAAUAAAAAAAUAAAAAUUAUUAAAAAUAGGCAGGUAUUUUAGCGAGCUGUAGCUAUCAAGCGCAUGCCGCGCAGCCCAGUACAACAAUACAAAAACAACGGUCAUGUUUUGUAUGCCAACAGCCGCCUCCAGCCCAAGGUUUUAGGGUCACUGUUAGUCUAUGAGUAUUGACUUCCGUGUAUUUAGGAGCUUCCACUUCCAGCAUAAAUUGAAACAUUUUCUGAGCGCUUUUCUGAUAAUUUGUUUUUUUAUUUUGCGUUUGCUUUUGCCAAAGUGUAAGAUAUUCGAACGACAAAAACAAGCAUAAGAACAGCAGUGCUUAAUUAAAGAGAAUAUUUAAAAAUAAACUGUGUAAAUCAGAAAAUUGUGUGAACGAAAGCGCGAGGGAGAAAAAAGCGGCAAAACGCAAAUUUCAUUUCAUUUACAAAACGCCGAAAUAGCGACGGCAUAUCGCUGAAGAGGAAGCAAAAAAUAAAGAUAGGCGGAAAAACACUCGGCCAAAAAACCACUCUACUUAAUAUAAAAUAAUAUAAAAUUCAGACGCACAUAUGUAUGUGUGUGUUACUAAAACCUAUUACUGCACCAAAUCGAUUACAGUGAAUAGCCAUCCACUUAAACUAUAGGAAACGGAAAAACCCACACCAUCGACGUAAAGGUCCUAAAUUAACGACUACCUGGUUCUAGUAAUAUUUCAUUGAUAAACUGAAGGCGCUAAGCAGCUGACAGUGAGUCAAUCCGCCACAAAGCACGCCAGACAGCACCGCCAGUGGGCAACGCUGAAUGCCAGCAAAAGCGCAUAGCGAAAAGUAAUAACAGAAAUUUAAUAAUUAAAUUAUUUGGCAAAAGUGUUAUCUAAUCUGAGUGUACGCUUUUCACACUACCCACCCAUCCACCUAUCGAACGACCGAACAACCAACAUACCAACAAAAAUAACAACAAAAAACAAAGCAUCGACAAAGCAAACAACCUGCUGCCAUCCGCGCGCGAUACGCAACAAAGUGUGUCGCAGAGUCACUCACUCAGUCAGUUAGUCAGUGUCAGAACGCGAGCGUGUUUGUUUGUCAUCACUAUAACAGCACAAUUUCAUUUUUUUUUUUGUAUUUCUAAUUUAGUUUGCGGAUAUUACUUGUAUAUCGCCAAGAAGCGUGGAUCUUCUGCAUACUUCGUACACCGAAAGGCGUGAAAUCAACGGUGAAAGAGUACAAAAAAACGUUCUUUGACAGUCACAGGUUAAACGAGUGUUUUAACCGACGAAUACAUAAUUUUCAAUAAUUAAUUUUCAUACAUCCAUACGAGUGUGUGUGCAUAGAUUUCAAGAGCAAUUAAUUUUCAACGUUCAAAAAAGCAAAAAAUAUAAAUAAGUGAAGUGCAAAGUGUUAAGAGAAGAAGUGCAAUCUACACAAUUGCCGCGCAGCAAUAGCAGCCAUAAAGAAAUUAAGUGUAAAAUAAUAAAAUUUAGCUGGAAAAUAGUGGCAGCGACAAGUAAAGCAAAACUAGUAUAAAGCACUAAUAUUUAUUAUAUUACUAAUACAAUAAGAGUAAAGUAAGAAACGAACCACAUAAAAUGGCCAUCAUUAGCAGUACAAAAACGACGAGCGCGUCGACGUCAACCAACUAUUACACAUGCAAUGCAACCAGCGCAACGAGCGCGGAGUGCAGCUCCACGAUAGACACACCUGCAGAUAUGCUAAAAUCAAGAAAGACGACAAAAGCAUCCACAUCUUCUGUCAGAACGUCUUGCGCAGCAUUAUUCACAUCACCGGCAGCCGCAACGGCAGUUACAGGAAAAUCAGCGCGACGAACACUGUCAUUAUCUGCAGCAGCAACGAGAGCGGCAAGCUCCACAACGCUGUUCAAUCUCCUCUCCAAAUUCAUCAUAUUUGCCAUCUUGAUUUGCACAGCGCCAUCGUCGGUUAGCGGCCGGCGGCAUACGCCACUUUUGGUAGAUGAAUCGGAGGGCACACGUAGAAAUAACAGACCAGUUGUUUCGGAAUGCCAGUUUGGAAAAACGGUACGAGAGAUCGGUUCCACCUGGUUUGCGGACCUCGGGCCGCCAUUCGGCGUCAUGUACUGUAUCAAGUGCGAAUGUGUAGCGGUGCCUAAAAAGCGUCGAAUCGUUGUACGCGUGCAAUGCAAAAACAUUAAACACGACUGUCCGAUAGCAACAUGCAAUGACCCAGUCCAACUGCCUGGAAAAUGUUGUAAAACAUGUCCCGGCGAUAAAAAUGAUACGGACGUAUCCUUGGAUGUACCUGCCCCGGUUAAUAUUGAAGAGGAGGAGCGCAAUAUGAAACAUUUCGCGGCUCUACUCACCGGCAGAACAUCACUUUUCUUGAAAGGAGAAGAGAUGAAGGCUAUGUAUGCGACAAGCACCUACAAUCCGCAAAAUAUCGUUGCCACAGGCCGUUUCUUGUUCCAUAAGAAAAACCUCUAUUACUCUUUCUACAUCUCGUCGAAAACUAAUCGCCCACGUACCAUUCAAUUUGUCAAUGAUGGUGGCACCAUACUGGAGGAGCAUCAGCUGCAGACCCCACUCUCCGAUACACAGAGCGUGUAUCAGAAUGCGACUGGUAAGAUCUGUGGCGUUUGGCGUCGUGUUCCUCGUGACUAUAAACGACUGCUGCGUGACGAACGCUUGCACGUUGUUUUGCUGUGGGGUAAGAAGGAUCAGAUUGACCUCGCGCUUGGUGGAAACAUUGCCAAAUAUACCGCUUUGCAAACGGAGUUAUUCAGUUCACUAUUAGAGCCUGCACCCGGCCCGAAACCCGCUCUUUUAAACGGCGCUGGUGGCACAGCUAUCAUCUCGACAAGCAGCGGUGCCGCUGCCUCCGUUCAUUUCACACUCGUCUUUAAUGGCGUAUUUGGUUCUGACGAAUAUUUAGAUAGUCCGAUUAAUGUGCGCGUUGAGUCACCCGACCGCAAAGAAAUCGUUUUAGAUGAAGUGCAAAAGGUGCGCAAACCUUCGGCUGAGAUCAAUAUUUUGGAAAUUUCUUCACCCAUCUCCAUACCAAUGCUGCGUUUGAUGUCACGUGGCAAGCUGCUAUUGACAAUAGAAUCGAAGAAGAACCCUCACCUACGUAUACAGGGUCACAUUGUUACACGCGCCACCUGUGAACUCUUCCAGACUUUGCUUACACCACACAACGCGGAGUCUAGAACAAAGAGUAGCGGCUUAUCUUGGGUCUUUCUCAAUAACGACGGCUCGCUUUCAUACAACAUAGAAACGGAUCACAUCAGCAUCAAGGACCGUCCCGAAAUCAAUCUAAUGGAAGACUUGGGUAAGCGCAGAACUAUGCUGGACAACCUUACACCAACAUUCAAUUUCAAUCAAGCCAUUGGCACCAUCGAUAAAUUGAGUCCAAAAGCAAUUGAAUCUUUGUAUGCCGGUGACUUAGGGGUCAAUAUUGCGAUCGAGAAGGAACCAAGUCUCAUACGCGGUCACUUUGUACCCCGCCCCGUUGCAGAUGCGCGCGAUUCUGCUGAGCCAAUUCUACUAAAACGCGUCGAGAAUUCUACAAGUGCACCGGCACACGCUAUGGGCAUGGCUUGGUUGGCCAUCGAUAACGAAUGUAGCCUUCAUUACGAGAUCACCGUGAAUGGGUUCCAGUACAAUCCACAGGAUUUGCAAAUAUAUCUCGAAGAAAAGCCAAUUGAAGCCAUCGGCGCUCCAGUGACACGCAAAUUACUUGAAGAAUUCUCCGGCUCCUACGUGGAGGGUUAUGUGCUAGGCAUGCCUUCACUUGACCUCGUUAAAUUAGAAAAUAACGUAUGCUACCUGGAGAUCCAUUCAAAAGAGAAUAGUGAGCUCUUAUUGCGUGGCAAAUUAAAAUCUACAAAGGUUCCCUCUCACUGUCUUCCCCUUCACACGGAUAACAAUGUGCCGAAUUCAGCCGUGCCAGGAGACCACGGUGACAACAAUCUGAUUGGGCCAGAUGCCAAGUGCUUCCAUUCAGGUCGCUUCUAUGACGAGUCCGAGCAAUGGCGUAACGCAAAUGAUGUUUGCCAAAUGUGCGCCUGCCAAAGCGGUCAACCCACUUGUGAGCCAAUCAAAUGCCCAGCAAUGCAGUGUAAACCUAGCGAAGAGCUAAUACGGCGAGAGGGCGAAUGUUGCUCCAUGUGCGUGGCGAAAAAUGUCGUCGAUGAAACGGCGAGUACAGCUGAACAAACCGCACGCGGUUGUCGCUUGGGUGAUCAAUUCCACUUGGCCGGCACCGUUUGGCACCCGUUCUUGCCACCGAACGGCUUUGACACGUGCACCACCUGCACCUGCGAUGUGCUUACUCUGGAAGUGCGUUGCCCACGCAUUGUUUGCCCGAUGCUACGCUGUUCAGACAAAGUCGCCUACCGCCCAGACAAAAAGGCUUGUUGCAAAGUGUGCCCCGAAAGCAAGCCAUCGCGUGUCGACAAAGUCUUAAACCCCAACAUAUUACAAGAUCAAGGCAUACGUGUGACAUACCCGGCAGAAGACAUCAUCAGCCAGGGCGGCUGUAAGGUAUUGAAUAAGGUCUACGAGAACGGACAGGAAUGGCAUCCCAUUUUGGCAUCACACGGAGAACAGAAAUGCAUUAAAUGCCGCUGCAAGGAUUCGAAAGUGAAUUGCGAUCGCAAACGUUGUUCUCGUUCCAUCUGCCAGCAGACGCGCAUUUCGGCGAAGCGAAAAUUGUAUGAGAAAUCCGGCAUUGGCGAGCCGAACAUCGACGAGUGCUGCUCCACGCAGUGCCGACGCUCGCGCCGCCACCACAGACGCGUGCACCAGGACCACACAAGCGCCGCUGACGACCGGCAGCAGAGGCAGCAAUCGAAGCGAGCGCAACAACAAGCCAAUUUGAACCGCAGCGGCAGCAACAGCCAUAGCAGCUGAACACCAAACUCGAGUCGCUUGCUUACACAUAUACCUAUAUAUAUACACUUAAUCGCGCUAGUAUCACAGAAAAGAAAUGAAUAACAAAACCACGAUUUUCUUCUAAAGAAAAUAUACGCUUUUUGUAACUUUAUUGAAAACAGAACUGAAAACGAAUGUAGCGAAGCAAUGAAAACCAUGAAUAGUAGCACUGAAAAAGAAAAACGAAAAGGAGAACGAAUGUUUGCAAACUAAGCCGCUAGUGAGAGUAUUUACUAAAAAAUUGGAGAAAAACAAUUUUUUGUAUUGUAUUAAAGUAAAGUUAACACAAUAUAGUCCAGCAGUGAAAAUGAAAAUGCAAAUGGAAAAAUGUUAUAGUGCGCCAGUUGGAGAGGCCAAAGUUAUACGUGUAUAAUUAUUUUGGGGAAGCGUUUGUGGCAGCUAUUAAAAAAUAUAUAAGUACCAGUGCAGUUGCUUCAGGCUUUCAAUUCUAACGAAUGCUGAAUUUGAGCAAAAAACAAACAAAAAAUACUUCAAAAAUCUGUAGCUUUUGAAAACUCGCUUCCAAAUGUCGUGAAAAGCUGCGCUGAAUUUUAAAGUGAAAUUCUCUUAAAAUAGAUUAAGAACGAUGAAUCGAAUAAUUAUUGAGGAUUUUAUGCAAUGCGAAAGCAGCUAGUUAGAGACAGAGAGCACAAGAGCGGCAGAGAGGUAAAGAGAGAGACAGUGCAAGAAUGAGAAACACAUCCCAAUUGUUUCGACUGAUUGACUGAAUGGCAUAGAAUAAGUAAAAGAACUUACAAAAAUAUUACAAAAAAAAAAUAAAAUAUAUAUAUAUUUGUUUUUUAUAUUCAUUAAAUAUGUACUAAUAUUAAACGCAUAAACUGAUGCAAGGACAUACGUGCAUAUGUUCGUAUACACACACAUACACAUGCAUAUAUGUACAUAUAUAUUUGGAGACCCCCACUGCUCGUGCCUUUAAACAAUUUUCCAAUUUACACUGAAAUCGUUUGCUAACAUUUAUCGCCAAUACAAAUGUUUCAUAGCACUUUGUAGUAUUUUUAUUGCAGUGUUGCUUGGAGUUUUCACGUUUUAACUUCUCGCGAGAAUAACGGCUCACAUUAGGCACUCAUUGACGGGUUGUGGACAACUGGUUGGAGUUGGUUGGAGAAGGCAACUAUUGAGUAACUUCAUUCAACAAUACGUGCAUAUGUAUGUGUGUCCCUUAUAAAUGCAGCGGAAUAUGCAGCGUGGACGCUUAAUGAAGCACUUCGCACACAACGACACACGCCCACUCACAUACACAUUACAUACAACACAUGCGCACACACGCACACACACACAAAAGCUCACUCAUUAUUAUUAUUUACUCGUACAACUGACCAUUAGCGCAUUUUCACCUUAUAACUGUAUUAAUAUUUUAUUAUAAUGUUUAUUAUUAUUACCAUAAUUGUAUAUUAUUUUUAAAAAUCUUUAUUUAAAAAAAAUGUGUUUAGUAUCAUUAUUUUUGUGUAAAAGCGAAACGAAAAAAAAUCAAAUGCAAAUUUUUACCUAAAAUUAGGUUUAGCUGUUUUGCCUUAGGUUAUAGUUUAUUUUUGGUUGACUUUUUUAUCAUAAAAACAAUUGCAAAUAUGCCUAAAGCAAAGUCUAUAAAUGUAAAAAACGUGAAACUAAUCCUUUAUGUUGAGUGAACAUUUUCCCUGCUUUGCCUUUGCCAAAGUUUUGUUGAAAAUUUUCAUUCAAAUUUACGAAUUGUCUACACACAUGUACACAUUUUUACAUAAAAUUGAAUCUGCAUAUGUAAUUCUUAUAUAAAAAAAUCGCUGUUUUAUGCCUCUAAUUUUACAAACGCAUAAAGUGUGCAAAUGUUCUUUCUACUGUUGUAUUAUAAUUUGAGCCUAUAGAUAGUUGCAACUGAAAAAUCGAUUAUUAUUUAUUUACAAAAUGACUUUACAAAAUUACACAUAGUAUACUGAAAACAAAAAUUAAAAAAAUACACAAAAAAAUAAAAUAAAGAAAAUAAUUUAUAAAAAUAAAUAUUGCAAAAUAAAAUUUCUAAACAAAACAAACAAAAAACAGGA